AUGACAGGCUUUAUCGCGCGCCUUGAAGAGGCUACGCGAUGGUUCCCUGCUGGGAUGAGUCGCGAAGAGCGAAGCCUUGUCCGGAAGCUGGACCUGCUUGUCCUUCCUUAUGCCUGUCUAUCGUUUUUUGUUAAAUAUCUUGAUGUUUCCGCACUGACGAAUGCAUACGUGUCGGGCAUGAAGGAAGACCUCGAUCUGGGCGGAGACAGGCUGAAUUAUAUCAACGCUGCCUAUGAGGUCGGAUAUGUUGUAUUCCAAAUCCCCAGCAACCUGGUCCUUAUCAAAUAUCCUGCUCAAUACUAUCUUCCCUUUGCCGAGCUCUUCUGGGGCUUGUUUACCCUUGGAACAGCCUUUGUCAAAACAUACGAGCAACUCGUCGUGAUGCGGUUCUUCGUCGGAUUAAGCGCGACGUCCUGCUACGUUGGGCUCGUCCAUGUCGUAAACUCCUGGUAUAGAAAGAAAGAACUCGGCCGCCGCAAUGCUCUCUUCUGGAUUGCAAACCCCCUCGGCCAAAUGAUAGCCGGUGUCCUCCAAGCAGCCGCAUAUACAAAUCUCAACAACAACCACGGCCUGCAAGGCUGGCGCUGGCUGUUCAUUAUCUGCACCGUCAUCACACUCCCAGUUGCCUUCCUCGGCUUCUUCAUAUUCCCCGACAUGCCAGAUCGCACAAAAUCCCGCUUCCUCUCCGAGGAAGAGAAAGCACUGGCCAGAAAGCGCCUGGCAGAAGAAGGCUUCAAGCCAUCGACAGGACUAAGCAAGACCCUGUUCAAGCGCGUCCUCGGCUCCUGGCGCGCGUACGCCUUCGUCGCCCUCCUCGUCGUCUUCUGUCAACAGACAUACAGUGAAGGAACCCCAUUCAUCCUCUGGCUCAGUUCUCAGCCAGAGAAAUACUCCAUCUCACUCGUCAACAACAUGUCAACGAUAACCCACGGCACUGCAGCGGCCGGUGCGCUGAUCAUGAGUUUCUACUCUGAUAUCCGCGGAUCACGUAUUGAGCCGAUCCUUCUAUCAGGGGUGCUCUGCAUAUUCGCCAAUCUAGUCCUUGCAAUUUGGAACAUCCCAGAUGGACUGAAGUUCUUUGCAUAUAUCUCUGUUGGCUGGUCAUACGGGACGAUUCCUGUGCUGAUAUCGUGGACAGCGGAGGGCUUAGCGAAUGAUCUCGAGGUGAGGGCUAUUGCGCUGGCCAGCUAUAAUACCAUCUCCGAGAUUUGUGGGCUGGUUGUGCCGCUCGUUGCGUGGCCUGUUUCAAAGGGGCCUGGGUUUAGGGGUGGCUUUAUUUGGGCCACUGUGCUCAGUCUAAUCUAUCUACUCAAUGUCGCCUUCAUCCAGGUCAAGUUACGGAGGGACGAGAAGUCGGCUGCUGCAUUGGAGGAACAGGGGGAUGCAAGGGAAGAGUCGGAUUCAGAUGCUGUGGUUAUACAUCAAGAGCCUCCAAAGUUGUAA